AUGGAAGGCGUUCAAUUGCCUCCACAGUUCAACGCGACCCUUGUUGAGCAUGCACCACGUUCCGAGGCACUUGCUGGUGAGCACGUCGCAGUACUGAUCGGUGAUGCUUUGGUCGCGCCACUUAACCACGGUGGCGCAGAAGAAGGCCAUCUGUGGCAGAAGGAUGGCGCGCGGAAACUCCGCGAGCCCUGCAUCUUCGCUGCAGUUGCUUUGGGUCUGUCCGAGAAAAGCCUCGACGAUGGCCAUGAUGCGCGUCCAGCGCUCCUUCAGGCAGUUCCGUAUGACGGUAGCAAACGCCUGCUGCUUUUCCAGCAGCACUAA